GUCCUGGAUUCAUGACUGAAAAAUGCCCAAAUUUCGUGAACGUCCAGCCCAAGCAUACUGUCAUCUUGCAAGUCAUAUACCUCCUGUCCUCAGCAGUCUGAUAGCUAACAGAUACAUCAUCCAGCAAAGACUCGGGAAGGGAAGUUUCGGUACUGUCUACCUUGUUAAAGACACAAAGGCUGCAGCAGCAGAUAGACUGAAAGUGCUGAAGGAGAUUCCUGUUGGAGGUUUAAAACCCAAUGAGACGGUCCAGGCAACUCAAGAAGCUCAGCUUCUCUCUCAGAUGAACCAUCCUGCCAUCCUCAAGUUCUACAGCAGCUUCCUGGAGAGAGACUCCUUCUGCAUCAUCACAGAGUAUUGUGAGGACAAAGAUUUGGACUGUAAGUUGGAAGAGCUGAAACACACAGGCAGGACAUUAUCAGAGCCUCAGGUCUGUGAAUGGCUCUGCCAGCUACUGUUGGGAGUACAUUACAUACAUCAGAGGAGAAUACUUCACAGAGAUCUGAAGGCCAAAAAUAUAUUUUUAAGGAAGAACAUUGUUAAGAUAGGUGACUUUGGUGUGUCCUGCCUGUUGAUGGGGUCAUGUGACCUGGCGACUACCUUCACUGGUACACCAUACUACAUGAGCCCUGAGGCCCUUAGCCACAAAGGUUAUGACUCCAAAUCUGACAUCUGGUCUUUAGGCUGCAUCCUCUAUGAGAUGUGCUGUUUGGCUCAUGCCUUUGAAGGGCAGAACUUCUUGGCUGUGGUGCUGAAGAUCGUGGAAGGCCCCUCUCCAUCCCUGCCAGAAACAUACUCACGACAGCUCGACUCCCUAAUGCAGAGUAUGUUAGAAAAGGAUUCUUCUCAAAGGAUCUCGGCAGCAGAAGCUCUGAGGAGCAGGUUCAUAGAGGAGAGCUUGCAGAGCAUGAAACAUAAAUUCUCUAGCCUGACACUGCAAAACAAGUCAAUGGGGGGAGAGAGAGAUGCAUCGCAAAUCCUGAGAGCACUGCAGAAGAAGGUACAUCUGCAGACACUGCGGGAGAGAUCAGAGGUGCAGAAAAUGAGCCCGAGAGAACGCAUGAGACUCCGGAAAUUCCAAGCUGCAGAUGAGAAAGCAAGAAAGCUGAAGCAAAUUGUCGAGGAAAAAUAUCAAGAAAACCAUCUUCGCAUGCAAGAGUAUAAGUCUAAAAAUUUCCAGAAAGUUAGUGUGGAUGUUUUAAAGGUGAGAACUGAGGACACAGUUAACCAGACUCAACAAAUUCAGAGCGAGUCACCAAAUGGAAACUCAGAAUCAGUGGGAAACAUUUCUGAAUUAUCUGAAAAGAAGUGUAUGUCUGCAAUCCCUGAGGAUCCUCAAGCAGCGGAGGCAUUUUACUGUGUGGAUGAAUUUGAGUCAUGCUCGGAGGAAGAUUCAGAUGGAGAAGAAUGCUCAGAGGGUGAUCUCCCCACAGAACUGUCCUGUCAGACAUGUGGACAGGAUAGCGACCUAGAGGCCAUGAUCAGACACAUGGAGAAUGUUCUGGAUGGUGACUCAGAUGGAGCUAAAGCAGAGGAAGUGAAGGCUCAGCUGGGUUCUCUGGGAGUGAGCAGCAUCAAUAGCACCCUGGCUGAGGGCAGAAUCCAACGAAUGAGAGAGUUGGUGUGUCAGAGGCUGGGAGAGGAGGUGUUCCUGAAGGUCUAUGACUACCUGAAGCAGGCUAGAAAGAUACAGGAUAGUGAGGAGAACAUAAGACAGGCUCUGAGCAGGAUGGUGGAGAAGCCCAGUGAUUGCUUUGAAGUAGAUCAACUGCUUUAUUAUGAAGAGCUGUUACAGGUUGCACAGGAAAAUGCUGUAAGAUAACAAUGAACAAACACACAUACACACUCUCUCUCUCUCUUUCUCUCUCUCUCAUACACAGAUGUUAUAUAUCCAGGACAAUAUACAGUAGAUCAUUUUGUAAUAAAUGUACAUUUAAGAUCUGCCUAUAGCUUAUGUAAUGUCAAUCCACAAUCAACAAGAAAUGCAUUAAAAUGCUUUAUAUUUGUGAUGUGUGAUAGAUUUAUGUCAUAUUGGAAGUUAAGCAUUAUACAAUUCCAUACCUCUAAUAAAUUAUCUCAUUCACAUAAUAAUAUACACUUA